AGUUCCACUAUGUUGAUCCUAGUUGUAGAUCUUCCACUAUGAUCCUCCUGUUGACCACAAGAUCUUCCCCCGCAGAUAAGAGCGCGAUCUUACAACUUUAUUUGAGGACCCUCGUCGAUAUAAAUAAUUGUAGCGGCCCUUAUUUCAUCCGAUGAAAUUCAUCGCCGUGACAGAUUUUUGGACGAGAAAAGACUACACUCAAAGUUUGGAAUUGCACCCACACUUUUGUAAAGUUGUCCGCUUUUCAUAAAGAUCCAAGAACAGUUCUUGUCAAUCCAAGAAGCAGUGGCCGCCCUAAAACAGUUGUACCUCAGAAGUAGUGUCACAUAAUUUAUCUACGUACUAGUUUUAGUUUUCACUAAUCAGUACUAGCGACACUUCAUCAUCAAUCUAUCAUGAGCGACACUGAGGAGGCGAUCACCGAGACAGUGGCCGGCGAGCAGCCGGCCACUGCGGCCAAAAAGAAGCGAAAUAAGAAAAAGAAAACCGGCGCAAACGCGGGCGGGGAGGGUGCGGGAGAGGGAGCGACAGCCUCAAAUGUUACUGCGACGGAAAAUAAUAGUACUAACGGGGCAUCAACAAGUCAGCAAAACGGAGCGGGAGCAUCUGCAUCAUCUACUGCACCAGGAGCAGCAUCACAAAAUACUGCAACGACAACUACAUCAACUACUGCGGCAAAAAAGAAAAAGAAGAAGAAGAAAGGCCCGGUUUCGGGACUCCCAGCCCAGUAUGAACUGCAACUAUGUCUGGGUCCUCUGGGAGAUCGCGAGAUUUGUCAUGCUAGUCUGGCAUGACUCUAAGUCUAAUCUCUGUAUUGCGUGCCCGCGAAGUAGAGGUCCUAUUGUCUGUCAUGCAAAAACGCAGUUUCUCAUGCGGAGGACGCAACAAGUCUGAACCACGGAAAAACUUGCCAUGCUGGAAAGCGCAUUACAGUGUGCUCAAUAUAAUUCCAUUCCUUGCAUCACAAGUUUCCAGACGUCGACCUGGGCGCUUUUGCAUUUGAUACGCAGUCCAACGCAGCGCUGCGGUGCUUGGGUAGCUGGAAAGCGAACCCCUCUCCGGCCCAGACGUGGCCGCCGACAAAAAAAGUGCUGGAAAAGCCGGAAGGGCAACUGAUGCCGUACGAGAAGCACGAGCAGGGGUACAGAACCACCAGCGCGGAAAUAAAAGAAAGAGAUAAACUGAUGGCGGAGGAUUAUGACAACUUCAGGUAUAGAAUAUAGAAGAAGGAACGUCGUGAAGUUCUUGUGGGCGAUGAACUUUUAGAAACAAUCUCUGGAAGAUCAACCAGUACCAUCUCCUUGUUCACGCAGGUUCAGUUCUUCGCAGCAAGCAAGGCUCUUUGCCAUUAUUUCUCCGCUUCCAGCACUGAUAGAUUGUUCUGCAGGUGCAAGCAAGAAAGCACGUUAAGGAUUAAACAUCAUUCAAUAUCACAUCAGGCGGGCCGCCGAGGUGCACCGGCAAGUGCGGCGGUACGUGCAGAGCAUUGCGCGGCCGGGGAUCAAAAUGACGGAGUUGUGCCAGCGGUUGGAGCAGAAGUCCUUAGAAUUAGUCGGCAAAGACGGCUUAAACGCGGGCUGGGGCUUCCCAACAGGCUGCUCGCUCAACCACGUGGCUGCUCAUUACACACCGAACUACGGUAAGUUGAGAUUUUUUGCUGGAAUCCAUGUUUGAUAAUUCAUAUUCCCCUUGGUGGAGGUGGAACUAGUAUAGAAAUUAAAGGUCGUCGUGUAGCGGGUGGAGACUCACUCCGAGUGCUUGUGAUAUUGAUGAAUGAUGUUGAUUGAGCUUGAGCUUCUUCUUAUGACGAUGGAUUUCGUCAGUUCUCCGCGAAUCGAAUAAAUAAUUUGACACGAUAAUAUGCUGACAACAGAAAAAAUAUCACCUCAAAUUCUUCCCCCACGACAAAAAAAUGCAGGCGACAAAACCGUGUUGUGCUACAACGAUGUGUGCAAGCUGGAUUUUGGGAUCCAAGUCAACGGCCGCAUCGUAGAUUCCGCCUUUACGAUCGCUUUCAACCCCAAGUAUGACCAGGCCAUCAAGUCAACGCAGGACGGGACAAACACCGGACUGAAAGAGGCCGGCAUUGACGCCCGCUUCAGCGAAAUUGGCGAGGCGAUCGAGGAAGUCAUCAGCAGUUACGAGGUAUAGCUGCAGCAUGGAUUCAUGGAUGGCAAAUACUAUGAUUUUGUUUUUGAAUGUCUGGAGGGCCUGGAAGGGUGUAUUAAACUUGUGAUGCUCACCCUCAGUCACACACAGGACACAAAUCUGUGGUCAUGCAUGAGCAGCAAUAAAAGGAAAAGAAUAUAGAAAUAGAAAUGGAAAUAACCUCCCUGCAUACAAAAAUUAGGUCGAGCUGGAUGGUAAGAAGUUCGAGAUGAAGCCAGUGCGCAACCUGAACGGGCACAGCAUAGCUCCGUACCAGAUCCACGGCGGCAAGUCCGUGCCGAUCGUGAAGACGAACGACGAUACGAAGAUGGAAGAGAACGAGUUUUACGCCAUCGAGACUUUUGCGUCGACGGGCAGGGGUUACGUGAUCGAGGAUCUGGACUGCUCGCACUACAUGAAGAUCUUCGACGCCCAGAAGGUCCCGCUCCGGGUCAAAACCUCCAAGACGCUGCUGCAUGGUAUUACUCGUAUAAGUGCAAGUCUUGCACAUGCAUUACAAAUAUUUUUCUUGAGGUAAAUCAGCAUGACAAAUUUCAUUUCUCAUGCUGAGAAAAUUUGUAAUGCAAUUCAUACUAGUACGCUCGCACGACCCGUACUACCUUCUCAGGUAUCUUGGAGAACUUCGGCACCCUGGCGUUCUGUCGGCGGUGGUUGGACGACGUGGGCCAUCCGUAUCCACAGUAAAUUUCCCGUACACGUACACAUGCGGUCUCUGCAUGACAAAGCUGCGCAUCGAUCCUAGAUUAGCAUGACAAGUGCUAGUACGCCGUAAAUUGGUGAAGUUUAUUGUGAUGCAUUUUGUACGAUGUACAGCAAAUUUGUAUUGCAUAAUCCGCGCCACCUGCUGGCCCUGCGAAACCUGUGCGACAACGACCUGGUGCAACCGUACCCGCCGCUCUGCGAUGUGAAGGGGUCAGUCGUCACGCAAAUGGAGCAUACAAUUCUGCUGAAACCCAGUGGCAAGGAAAUCGUCAGUCGCGGGGAGGACUACUAGAAGAGGACGGCUUGAGCAGACAACAGCAUGCGAAGAGCGUUGUAGUGGUAGUGGUUCAAGAACAUCUUUGCGAGAUCGAGAUGAACGAGAAGUAUCACCUUUGACCAGAUCAUUCUUCACCAUCAAUCCAACAUACGAAGAAGGAGCACCAGCGGCGUCUCAUCGACCCAAUGUCGCGUUGCGGCGAUUCAAAAUCGACCUGCGAUGAACAAGCCACGACAGGAUCCGAUCACGACUGUAAUCCGAGAAGCUAUGGCGACAACAAAUUUCAAAUUUUGAAAUUUACGAAGUAGAAAUUUGAAGAAUGGAACGAAUCUAUUUGACAAGGAGUUUCCAUUCGCAGAUGAUGACCAAGUGUACACAGCAGCGAAAUAUUGCUCCUGCUCACAGAUAAAGGAGAAGUAUCCCGGUAUGAGUGAGUGGUCCUUUUCAUAGUGGCACCAGAUGCCUUGGUUUUAUUAGUUACAACACACAUGACGAUACCGAUAGCGAUAUGGGCGAUACUCAAACUAUGUUGACGCGCAGGUGAAACGAUCUGAGUAUUUUUAUUUCCGGGGCUUCUGCAACUGCAGU